AUGGCCUCUCAAAACGUCCGCGUCGGUGUUGCAGUCUUUGCUCUCAACAGCAAGAAUGAAUUCGUCCUGGGUCAGCGAAUGGGUAGCCAUGGUGCUGGAACAUGGGCACUCCCCGGCGGGCACCUGGAAUUCAACGAAUCCUUCGAAGAGUGCGCGCUCCGCGAAGUAAAAGAAGAAACCGGCCUCGACAUCUCCGACAUCCAGUUCCUCACGGCGACCAACGACAUCAUGCCCGAUGACGGGAAGCACUAUGUUACUGUUUUUGUGGGGGCGAGGGUUGCCGAGGGGGCGGAGCCGGAGAUUCUGGAACCGAAUAAAUGUGCCGAGUGGCGGUGGGUUGCCUGGGGGGAGCUUGAGGGGGAUCGGGCGAAGUUUGUCGAGGCGCAAAAGGCUGGGACGGAGACGGAGGGGAAGAGGCUGUUUAUUCCGAUUCUCAGCCUCUUUGAGCAGAGGGCGGGGUUUGAGCCUAAGCUCAAGGGAGAGGGGAACUGA